AUGUCUGCUUCUGUUGAGCAAGCAGUCGAGCAAGUAGCCAAAGCUAUUGCAAGGGUGGAAAAUGAAAUUAAGGAGAUCAACGAAAUUCUCAAGAACCCCACCAUUUCGGACGUUGACAAAGCUUAUUAUCGGCAAAAGGAAGACAGGCUUCGGCAAAAGGAAAGCCAUUAUCUUCAAGAGAAAAGCCAGUAUCUGCAAGAGAAAGCCGAUAUUCGGCAAAAGGAGUUGUUGUUGAUUAAACGCACUCCAAUACCAUCCAUUCCGGAAAACCAAAGUGUGAACACUCCGUUCCUAGAGGACAUACAAAAGGACAUUACGGCAAUCAAAGAGUCUGUUUCCAAACCUGACAGAGCUACCCCUCAAAAAACUCCAGCAAGUUUUGGGGCAGAGGAGCUAAGUUGUCUGGAAAGCGAUGGAGAUGUGCACAAUCUCGAUGAGAAAGAAAAAGGUGACGCAGUCCUCACCACCGAGCAAUCGGGUAGCCUGUUACAACUAGAUACGGAGCAUCAAGUGGUUGCGUUUUUGACCCCAUUCCUUACAGCUGUUUUCCAAUGCAAUCGGUCUUCUAAUAGAGUUCUUGUGAAUUCUGAAGAGUACAAGUGGCUGAAGACAUCUGGUGACGAGAAAAGUACCUACAACCAAAAACCGGACAUGUUUAUCUGCCACAAGUCCCUCUACCAAAAACGCGACCCAUUUGAUGCAACGGGGGAUAGCAAGCUGCUUCAGAUGCGGCGAUCGACGGACAUUUUUGGGCAAUUGUCACACUGGAACCUUCGUCGCUUCCUCUCGGUUGUCUUGGAGGCAAAAAAAGACAUUAGUAAUUCAGCGUUUGGACAGACCAUCAACUAUGCAGCUCACCUCUCUUUUGAAGAGAGCGGUUCUUUUCGAUCGAGAAUCUUUCUGGCUAGUUGA